GUUUGUUGCAUGUGCUCUGCAGCCAUUUUGUGAACCUGCAGAGAGGUGUGAGGAGGUGCAGAGCUAGCAAUUUGGUUGUUUGCUGUGGAUAUCUUUGGACACCCCAGCAGGCUUUAUUCCAGGACAGUCAGGAGGAUUCCUGUUACCCCGGAGCAGAGCCAUUUUAGGAGCUUUUACUACAGUUGUAGAGAUGUCAAGGGACAAACAAACCCGAUCCGCCCCUUCCCCCACCCCCUCGGAUCUAUCCCUGCAAAGCAAUGAGGAGUGGGAGCCAACCCAGGAGGCGGAUGCGACCGACCAGGCAUCUAGUGACCAGCCGCGGUCGUCAAGGGCCCAUGAGAAGUCCAAGAAAAAGCCUAGUAAAAAGGCAAGAAGCCAGCCAGAGGAGCAGUCGGAGGAGGAAGCCUCUGGUGAAGAAGCAGGACAGAAAAAGCCGCGUGGACCCAGAUACACUGAGGCGGAAAACUGUGUCCUAGUGGAUUGCGUCGACAGGUCCUACGACGUUUUGUAUGGAUCAAGGGCACAGAAAACAGCAUUUAAGGUAAAGCGGAACAUCUGGGAAUCCAUCGCCAGUCAAGUAACUGCAAUUUCUGGAAACCGUCGGAGCACCCAAAAUUGCUUGAAGCGGUACAGUGAUUGCCGCAGACAGACCAAGAAGAAGAUGGGGAUUCAGCGCCGACAUGAGACAGCUACGGGAGGUGGCCCGGCUCUCAAUUUGAAGUGGCUACCCUGGGAGAACGUUAUUAGAAGGCGCUUGAACCCUGCCAUGGUCGAAGGAGUUCGCGGAGGUGUGGACUCCAGCCGUCCUGCUGGCUUUCUCGAGGAGGAAGAACCGCCCAGAAGACGGAGGAAGGCGGGAGACCAGCCGUCCAAAAGGAGGUCUGAUGACAGACCUGCCCAGAGGACAUCACCUGCGCACAGGACAUCGCCAGCCCACGGACCUUCGUCAUCGCGCAGUUGGUCACCUGUGCACCAGACGACAUCAGUGCACAGACUAUCACCUGUGCACCAGACACCGUCGGCGACCACACCACAAGAUGGGCGCCAAACUACAGCUCCUGCGCGCAGGCCAUCACCAGAUCGUCGUCUCUCCAGGAGCUCUGGGACUGUGACUGAAGAGCCUCAAGACACAACCCUUGUGGACCCAUCACUCGAUCUGUUUGAGUCUACAGGGUUAACUGACGAAACUUUUCUUGGGUUUGAGGACAGCCGUGCAGAUGUAUCCAGCCAGACCCUUGAAAAGUCUUCCGAAACGAGGACAAGUGGAGCUCCUGGAGCAGUGGCAUCACAGGAUGGAGAAGUGGUGCCACGAACCAGCAGCGGACUAGCUUCGGGGAUUGGUUCGUACUUCAGGCCGGAUCUCCUACAGGGGUCGUCAGAGGAUGACGAGGUGGAAGUGCAGGAUGAUCCAGUUGCUACAUCCCUGCCUGCCCAAAUGAAUGUGGUGGCAGACAUCCAGGAAGGGCAGAAUCCCUCAACUGUUCAGAGGGUUCACACCCUGGCAUCAGAGAUUGGGACACGCCAGGAUACAUACACAAAUGUUGUGGGAAGCAGACUGGACAACAUUGAGAGGACAAUGGAGAAAAUGUCCAACAAUCUGCAUGAACUGCAGAAGACUAUUUCCGAUAGCACGGCCACAAUACUACAGAUCAUAAUUGAAGAUCGUAGGGAGAAUAGGAACAUACUUAACAUCAUGUCCGAUUCCUUGGUCAAGCUUGUGGAAAAAACCACAUGUUUGGCAGAAAGCAAUAAGAACAUGUCGGAUAGUCAUCGACACUCCUCUUCCAGCCAACAGCUCAUCGCAACCACACUGCAGAUGAUCUAUGAUAAGCUCCCAGUACCAGCUCAUCAACACGCUGGUGAUCCACCAUAUCCGCCGUCUCAAGCCACAAGGACGCAUCGUACCCUUCCUCAAGUCCCAUCCCAGUACAGUCAGUCACAGAUGUACCAGGGAUAUACAGGGAUGUACCCCACCCCCCAGAUGCCUCCACCACCAGCCGCACAUUCUUCAGCAGCAUGGGCACCGAGGGCCAGUCGACAUACUCCCCAGCCUCCCAGGACAUCCACGCCCUAUCAGGGGGAAGAAGAGGAUCCGGACAGACUUCCACCAUAAACCCGGUCGUAUUAUUUUAUUUUAUUUUAAAUGUUUUUCAUGUAUCCCUGUCUUCCCCUCCCAUUAGUUUGUUGUUUUUCUUACUAUUGUUUUUUCUUUGUUGGGCUUCCCCACCCGUGACCGGGUACUACCAAGGAGCUUUGUGUAGGCAUACAUGCGCGGGCAUGUAUGCGGGCGCGUGUGGUAACGGAUGAAAGCUCCUUGCGGCUACAUGUAUGAUGGGCCAAAGAGCUAUUCUGAUACCCCCUUUUUCUUCAAAAAAUCCUUUUUGUAAUGAUGUACAGUAGACUUUCAUUGUGUGAAUUUACUAUUCACUAGUCUGUGUUUUUGACUUAUUCAUAGGAUUUGUGAGGAAAAAUGAAGUGGACGGCAUAAGAUUGUGUUGAGCGUACCAAGAUAUCUAUAUACACAAGAAAAGAAUGUAAAGAAGAACAAACUACUUUUUUGUUUUAAUUAACUUUCAAACUUUAUUAAAAAAAUUUUUUCUUCAAUAAACUUUUAAAAAUAGAA